AUGGAGGGGAGCUCUGACGCUUGGUUUGCGGCCAUCUUUGCCAGAGAUUACGAGAAGAUUAAGAGUGACUUGGGAAUCUACAAGGGUUCGGUAAAUUCAGACGGACUAACGGGGCUUCACUUGGCAGCCCAAAUUGGCGAUGUUGGGAUAGUGCGCAUACUGGCUGCUACCGAAAAGGGAAUUUUAACACCAGAUGGAUUAACUGCAUACAUGCUCUCUGUUAUUAAUGGCCAUUGGGAGGCAGCGGAAUUUCUUUACCAGUUUGAAGGAGACAUCAAGACAAACCGCAAUAAGACAAUACUUCACAUUCUUGCAGAGCGGGGACUAGCAAGCGAACUUGAAGCUGUUGCACCAAAGAUUCCCAAUGAGUGUGACUGCAAUGGAAACACAGCCCUGGAAAGUGCGUUGCUUUCCUCACAGAUCGAUGCUGCUGGCGUUUUAUUAAGGCAAUUUCCCUUAGAUCUUUCAGAACUUAAUCACUUGGAGGAGAAGUUUCGAGAAACAGGUCUUUCAGAAAGCAUCACAUUCAUUGACCGCGCAGUGGUGCGCUUAGAACGUGAAGCAAUCUCUCGAUGCAAGGAUUGCAACUAUUUCAAGAAGCGAUUGGAAGAAGCAAGGCGCGAUCUAGGAAAGCAGCAGCGCUACUGCGAAGACAUCAAGCGGGUUCUCCUACAAUCAGAAGGCACACCGCUAGAUGCUGCGCGAGCAGCUAUGCGGGCAUUCAAGGCUGAACUGGAGGAGAAGACAAAGAUCCAGGAUGCACUCAAUAGUGAGCUCAGGUUGUUGAAAAGCGAGUCCGAACGGUCGAAACGUGCCGUUGUACAAGCAGAAACUCAAAUGCAAGAAAUCCGCGAGCAGUAUAUAUCGGGCGACGGUCGCACUGUAAGAGACAUGGACAGAAUCAUACGGGAGCUAACGACAAAAAUUGAGAGUCUACAAGCAGAUAACCUGUCGCUUGAGGCUACUCUCCAAAACGUCCGCGCACAACUUCAUCUGCGUGACGAAAGAGUUUUAACCAUAUCCACACAAUUGGCCGAGCAAUCCAGGGCGAAUUCAGCCUUGGCGAGGAUCCAUAGCCUGGAGAAGGAAAAGUGUAACAGCUUGGAAUCUCAGGUUAGGUCGUUGCAAGGAUCCCUGCAUGUCUUGGAGGAGAGCAACGAGCAGCUUGCCGGUACCGUUGCAAGUCAGGAACAGAGCUUGAACACGCUGACAACUACAGUGACCCAGCUUGCCACAGAGAAGGCAGAAUUCAUGAAUAUAUUGGAAGCUGGCCCUCCGGAAUACAAAGAGAUGCAAAGAGAAGCGUUAGAAACCAGUAACCAACUUUAUCAGAGCAUAAGGGAAUGUGAGGAGUUACAGGGGACUGUAAAUGCAUUGCGAGAAGCAGAGCAGGAGUAUCUUCGCAUUAUUCAGGAGAAAACAGAGGAGAGCAUGAGGCUUUCCGCCACGAUCAGAGAGCUUGAGGCAGACAAGGUAAAUCUAAAGGCAAAGAUCUCCAUUCUGGAAGGACAAGUAGCGGUUUACGUAGAGGAGAUCAAGCUGAAAGAUGAUGUCCUUGGAGCAAAAAGCACAGAGCUUGCUCAGCUGAAGGUUGGACGCACAGCUGAGCUGGGAGCCGCAUCGUCUCAUCAGCAACUUCACGAAUCAAGAAGUUCUAAAUUAUCUAUGCCCAUCUCUAGCGUAGUCAUCAAUCCAGCACAAGCAUUUUUGCCGCCUACCAAUAUGAGCCAUUUGAGCAACUUCAGCGCAUCCAAUAUGUCCAACAUUUCGGUCAAUCUUGACGGUGAUGAAGAAGAGCCUGCAUUUACUCAUAACAAUAAUCGUCGAUCUAUUGGAGGUAACACAGAUACUUAUGUGCAAGUUGGAAGCCGGAGAACUAGACCACUUUCUGCCUCAGCCGUGACCAGCAGGCCUCGAACGAAUACACGAGGGCGGAUGGAUGCUAGCCUCACAGCUUCGAUGCUUAAUCCAAUCGCCGUGUCUGCAAUACACGGACAGCCCGGUAUAGGUAUGUCAAUGGGAACAGUUACAUACAAAGGCCAGACACAAGAUGACACACUGCUGAUGCAAGCAGCAGCCGCAGGAGACUUGAGUGUCAUACAACAAAUGGCACACGAGAUACGGCGCAUUAACUCUAACGGAAUGACCGCCCUCAUGCUUGCAACUCUAAACAAGCAGAGGGACGCCAUUAUCAACCUUAUCUCCCAAGAGUCUGGGAUGCAGAAUAAUGACGGUGAAACAGCGCUCAUGAUAGCUGUUAGGACAGGCUACCAUGAAGGCGUCAAUCUGCUCGCCAUGAAAGAGGCCCGGUGCACCAAGCCCGACGGCACUUCAGCUCUUUACAUCGCCAUUAAUUCAAACAAUGAGGUCGCAGCUCGUAUGCUGGCGAGAUAUGAGGGUAUUGAUGUACGGGACGUUUCCACCCUCAACUAUCGAUUCAAUGAAAUGAUGGAAGCGGCAGCACAGGAUGACAUUGUCACCUGCUAUCUUCUUAUAAGCCUCCAAGGAAGGCUUGUCGAUGAAAGUGGAAGAACGGCACUGAUGUACGCUGCUAUGAACGGAGCUAGUUCUGCAGCACGACUCUUAGUGCCAAUUCAGUUGCAGUGCCGAGAUAAGUACGGAAACACUGCUCUUAUGUAUGCAGCCGAACUGGGGUAUCAAGACCUUGUCGAGAUCCUGAAGGGCGAGGCAGGUAUGUCUAAUCGCCUUGGAGAGACAGCCCUAAUCAAGGCAAUCAGGCGUGGACACAUAGCGUGUGUUGGUGCUCUCUUUUUCGCCGAGUAUAGCAUCUGCACAGUAAGAGGGGAGUCCCCCAUCGAUAUCGCCGCCUCUCUUGGUGGAGAGAUACCCCAAGAGGUAAAGGCAUCGAUUGUGAACUUCCUAACGGACCUGCAGAACAGAAUAAGACUGUGA